AUGUCUAGAUUCAAUUCAAGAACUCUUAUCAAAACCAACCUCUUGAAAACAACCCCGAGGAUUGGAAACUUUAAUUGGAUUAGAAACCUUUCCCAGGGCUCGUUGGGAAUAGGGGAUUUAUCAGAGGGCAAAAUUAUGGAGAUCACACGAAAGGUUGAUAGAGAAAGAUUGUGGAGAGAGUUGCAUUAUACGUGUCAAUGGGGGAAGGGGGAGAAAUGGGGAGAAGGAGAAACCGAUCGAGGAAUGUCCCGACUUGCGCUCUCUUCCGCCGACAAACAAGCACGAGAUUGGUUUGUCGAAACAACUAAACAUCUCGGCUGCGAUGUGAAGAUUGACACUAUGGGUAACAUUUUCGCAAUUCGGCCCGGAAGAAAGGAGGGACCAGCUACCUAUGCGGGGAGUCAUUUAGAUACACAGCCAACGGGAGGAAGAUAUGAUGGAAUAUUGGGUAUUCACGCAGGUAUUGAAGCCUUGAGGACAAUGAAUGAUUUGAAGGUUGAAACAGAAUACCCUACGGGAGUUAUUAAUUGGACAAACGAAGAAGGAGCGCGCUUCCCCAAAUCCAUGAUAUCAUACGGUGUGUGGGCUCACGACAUUCCCCUCUCAGUGGCCCAUGAUUUGGGCGAAGUAAAUGGGCCAGCGACCAUGAAAUCAGAAUUGGAAAGAAUAGGAUAUCUCGGUGCAACUCCUACAUCGUAUAUGGAUAAUCCAAUCGGUGCACAUUUUGAACUACAUAUUGAACAGGGACCGAUUCUCGAGAAGAGCAAAACGAAGAUUGGGGCUGUAACGGGAGUGCAGGCCUAUAGGUGGUAUACUAUUACGGUCAAAGGAAGAGAUUGUCAUACCGGUACAACGGAUUUCGAGAAUCGUUCAGACGCUAUGCUUACAGCUGCAAAAAUUAUUCUUCAUAGCCACAACAAGGCAGCUGAAAUGGGUUGUCUCGCAUCCACAGGUAUUCUCACCCUCAAGCCUGGCUCUACUAAUACUGUUCCGGGAUUCGUACAGUUUUCACUUGAUAUUAGGUCUCCGGAGGAUCAAAGGCUUCUAAACUGUGAGAAAGAACUUAAAAGAGAUUUUGAGUUGAUUGCUGCUGGAGAGCAGAUGCCAACUCUUGGUGCUAGUGGAAAGAGAGGUAAAGGUUGUAUGGUGGAAUGGAAAAUGGAUACAGACUCUCCGGCUACUCAUUUCAACGAAGAUUGUAUUCGAUGCGUAGAAGAGAGUGCUGGAGAUUUGAUUGGAACAGCUUCUGGUAUCGGAGAUCAAGCAGAAGCCGUCUCCAAAAGCUAUAGGAGAAUGGUAUCGGGCGCUGGACAUGAUAGUGUUUAUACCUCGAGACAUGCUCCGACCUCAAUGAUCUUUGUGCCUUGUAAAGACGGCGUUAGUCAUAAUCCAGCCGAGUAUUGUAGUCCAGAAGACUGUGGGAAUGGUGCACAAGUCUUGCUUGGAGCGAUGUUGAGAUAUGACCGACUGAGUGCUCUGAGAGAAGCCUGA